AUGUUGUUCGGCCUCCAGCGGACAGCGGCGCUCCUUCGGACAGCUAAGUAGAAACUGACUCUCAUAGGAACGUCUAUCACGGUAGCUUUUAGACGUUUCUAUUUUUUCUCGUUAAGUUCAACUCGAAGUUCAUUGGAAUACGUCAUUCAGAUGUCAAACUAAGAUAAAAUUGUUUGGAAAAAAGAAAAGAGGAAGAAAAUCAACGUGGCGAUUGAAGUCCAAAGAAGCUCAUUUACUCGUUUUCGACUGGCGAUGGGUGGCUGAGGAGAAGCGCGACGGAGUGAGAGGUAAACCUUUUUUUCUCUUUUCCAACAUGAAGUGGUGAGCCAAAAGCCCCUUUUUAGUUCAGCAACCUUAAGCUGUUUUCAUAGAAACACUUCAUUUUUUCUAUUAUAAACGACAUUUCAGAAACGAUUAGCACAAACCCCCUUCUCUUAAAUGACCACUUGAAGUUUUUACAGCCCUGUUAAGGCAACCCCCUGUAAAAAAGACCGCGAAAAUAUCGGGGGUUGCACAUUUUUCAUAAAAAGCUAAAAAUUAGCAACUUCGACUCCCAGUUUAUUUAUAAAUUCGACCUUUUUUUCAGGCCGUCGACAAAAUCAGCUUGAGAAUUUGACACUUUCUCAGAAUGUGCCGCCAAAAAGGUCAGUUAUUCUUAUUCUUCCGAGUUCAUUCAAUCUUUCGAUUUUCAGAUCUGGAUUCGUUCUUCUAACACAAAUUUACUCGAAUUUACUGACCAAGUCUUCUCUCAACGGAAGUAAUCUCACGUCUGCGCUCAAACAUCUUAUCAUUCAUGAAAAACAAAAUAAAUUAUGGGGAAUUUUUACACAAGAAGGAGGUUUUCUUAUGCUCAGCUAUCAUGUGAAGGGGAAAAAUGUGAAGUUUGGAAAGAGAGCUGGCGUUUGGCGGGAAUUGUCGUGAGGUGA